AAGUAGUAUAAAGUAAUAAUGAAAACUAAGUUGACCGAUUAAUACAUUUAAAACUAAAUAUUCGAACAGCUUUUUUUCUAUUUUUGAAAACCGGUAAAUUCAUUAUCUGGGACCGAAACCAUUUGGGGUCGAAAUUGCUAGGUGGCGAAACGUCUAAGCAUCGCUGUGACGUAUGUCGAACAGACGAUAGACCGAUUUGGGAAGAGAAAAGGAAAGUUUAUUUCUAUCCGUUUAGAUAAUUGUUCCCCGUGAAAAAAAGUUUCAGAGAGCAGUGAUACGGAAUUUGAAAACCACAGUGUGGUGAUCCGGAAAAUCAGACCAAACUCUGUAAAACUGACAGUAUCAAGGAAGGAAAACUGAUAGGUUCUCUGUGUCUGACUGUUGACUGAUAGGUUAUACCAGUCUGUAGUAUGUAACAGUUGAUGGUCUCUUUACAGGUUCCCAGGCUGUGUUUGACUGUGCUGUGUACUGCGAAAUCAAAGAGAGAAUAUAUGUGGUUGUGACUCAGACCGCCCACAUCAUGGGCACAGCAAGCUCCCAAUACAUCACAGCAAGCUCCCAAUACAUCACAGCAAGCUCCCAAUACAUCACAGCAAGCUCCCAAUACAUCACAGCAAGCUCCCCGUGCCAAGUACAUCUGUGUUCUAAGUGUCCGGGUGACACAGCGUACUAUUGUGUAUCGUGUCCAUGUGAUCUGUGUCCCCAGUGUAAAGAGAACCAUGUAAAAGAUCUCCAAACAAUAGACCAUGAUGUUGUGUCACACCGUGAUAAAAUCAACUACAUCCCAACACAAGAGAUCUGUGUGAGACAUCCUAGCCAUGUUUAUACAAAGUACUGUGAACCUUGUCAAGUUCCUGCCUGUAAUAAUUGCCAAACACAUAGAAAACACACUCAGAUAUAUGUUAAAACAGCCUAUAAAACAAAGCGACAACAACACAGAGGAACCAUUCACACCAUCAGAAGUGAGGCUCUCUUUUACAGACCUGUUCUCCUGACAGGAAUCAAAGCUGAUGUCAAAACCUGUCACACAGAAUUCUCCCUCUAUCAAUCAGAGAUGUUAACAAAGGCCCAGACACUGAAGGAUCUCAUUGACUAUGUGGUAUAUGAUCUAUUGAACAAUGUGUUAUGUUACUUUGAUUUCAAACACAGAUGUAAAAAACAAAAGAUAGAAAUGAUCAGACAUAUUGUCAGACUAAGGAGAUAUGAACACAGAUAUGUACAGCCAGCAUUCACAUUCAGUGCGCUACAAUUCCUCUCCUUCACAAAGACAGCCCUCCCCCAGAUACAUCUUACACUCCACACCAGCCAGCUCUCCAUGACUGAGUCACUCAACAAGGAGGAUGUGAUGGAGUCACUGAGUGCAAUCCAAAUCACAGAGAGAGGAAACCGACGCGUAGGAAACCAGUGUCUGCUGAAACUGACGUCUGGUGCUGAGCUCCAUCAAUCUCUCACAGUGCCAGGUGUUGGUGGUUGUCGUCACAUUUCCUGUGUGACAUCAGACCGGGUCUGGGUCAGUGAUCAUAGAAACAAUAUCAAGUUGACAGACACAACAGGUGUCCCUCUACAUCGUGUGGAGGAUUCAUGUAGUUAUGAAGAUGGAUUACACACAGUGAACAGUGAGAGUGAACUGAUUUAUAUAGAUAGGAAAUAUAACAUCAACAAACUGUCAAAGGAUAUGAAAACAACCACCACAUUUAUAGAGAGAACAGACUCUACAUGGUACCCACGGUGUUUGUACUGGUCCCCGUCCACUGGGGAUCUACUGGUCGGGAUGUAUUACUAUAUUACAAAGACAGGCAAGGUAACCCGGUACAACCAGAGUGGACAACUCACACAAACCAUACAGUACAACAACACAGGACAGGGACUGUAUAGUGGACCUUACUAUAUAACAGAGAACAACAAUGGGGAUGUCGUGGUGUCUGACUUAUAUAAAGACGAUGUGUCUGGUGCUGUAGUGGUGACAGAGCGUGGAGGAAGACAUCGUUUCUCCUACACAGGACAUCCAUCAGGAUCACGACUAUAUCCAUGUGGAAUCUGUACUGACGCGCUGUCACACAUCCUGGUGUGUGAUGAUAUAACCAAUACAGUACAGAUGUUAAAUAAGGACGGUCAGUUCCUGUCACAUCUACUGACAAAAUCACAAGAGAUGGAUUCACCACACAGCUUGAGUUAUGAUGUCAACACUCACCGUCUCUGGGUCGGAUCAUGGGUACACAACAAGGUGUGUGUCUACAGGUAUAUCACCAGACAGGACGCUCUGACAGAUGAACACAGACCCCGUCCUGAUGAGGACGCCAUGUCCAGCUCAACACAAGCCGUAUAAUGGAGAUAGCUGGGAUAUUGACAGACAAGCUGCUUUUUAAACGCCUUCAGGGGGAGAUAAAAGAAAACCUGCCCGGAUUACCCAUAAUUCCAAUGGAGUUACAGAAGCCAAAUAAUUACCGGUCAUCAACGGACUUUGUGUUCUGUGCGUGAACUCUACAUAAACAACGUUUCAUGAAUGGACUCUGUAUCUGUGUAGGUGAACAAAAAUAACGCGUCAUCAAUGGACACUGUUGCUGGUCUCUGCGUUCUGUGUACGUGAAAUUUGCACAAAAAUAACGCGUCAUCAAUAGACUUUGUAUCUGUAUAGGUGAAAUGCGUCCUCAAUAGACUCUGUGCUCUGUGUACCUUAUCUCUUUAUGAAUAAGGCAUCAUCAAUGGAAUCGGUUUUUUUUUUGUGUACGUGAACUCUACUGUAAUUUGUUAUCAUACGUUUUUUAUCAAUUUUAUCUAAGUGUAAAUUUUGUCAGUAUGUAAUAUGUUUUACAUAUCUAAGCUUUUGAAAUUUCUGGUAUCAUUCGGUGCUAGGACAGAGAUGUCCAUCAGAAUUGUAGCCAAUGUGUCACUAAUUUUUUUUUUUAAUUUUGAUUUUUAUACAAGAAAUCUUGUAUGGUGUACUAAACAUUAUUUUCAAAGGGGAAUAACUCAAAAUUUGUAUUUUUCAGUCAGGAUAAAAAAGAGUUAUUCCCCUUGAGAAUGAGAAAUGAAUUUGAUGGUGUUUAUCCCUGACAGUUUUAUUGGUAGGAUUGAAUAUCAGUUAAUGUAUUUUUACAAUAUAUCAUGAUCAUUUGGAAAGAAGUGAUCUGAUAAGCUUUUGAUAAGAAUUUGAUAAGUUUUAGAUGGUUUUUUAUACAAUGUUAUGUAGUUUUAAUUUCAAUAUAUUAAUAGUUGAUGUUAGUUUAAUUUAUUAAGUUUGAGCUGUGCAUGUGUAACAAUUGGUGCAUCAUAUAUUGCUUGUUGUCCUCAAAAGGUAGGUCACAAUGACCCAAUUAGAAUUAUGGUAGUUUAUGGUGAAACUAUUUUAGAACAUGUCUAUUUAAAAAAAAAAACAAACUUGUGUUUUAGAAAUGAUGUACCAUUAAUCAUACCAGGAGUCAUUUACUCAUGUAUAUAUCAAUGUGAAAGUAAGUCAUGAUGACCUGAAUUUGUAAUUAGCAUGUUGUUAAUCCUAUGUGUUUGUUAAUGGUGUUUAAGCACAUUUCUCACACUGUAUCUCUGUUGACCAGAUAGGUAGGACAACUCAAGUUAAUGUCAUUUUCUUUGGAGAAAUAUUGUACGUAAGUUUAAGCGUGAUUAUUUUUUUUUUUGUGUUUACCCAUACAAUGAACGUGAUGAAAUACAUUUAUAACGUAUAUAUAGUAUUAUUUUUAUUUUUUUGUGUUUACUCGUACCAUGAAAAACAUAAUACUUGUAUACAAAUGAUGUUUGGGGAAAUGUAGCGAGCUGUAGAUAAAAGUCAAUAAACUUAAAGUGACAUGUC